UUAAUGUCCUUCUCUCUCCUCUCUUUCUCUCUCUAGACUCGCCAUUAUAAAUAGCUUUUUCAUCAUCCCCACCCAAUCACUCCCAAAAAUGGCUUUUCUCCUUCUCUUUUUCCUUUGAUUUUGAAAUGGAUGCGGCGGCGCUGGUGGCGGCGUUGGGCGGCGCGGUGGUGGCGUACUUUAUUUGGUUCUUGAAUAUCCGACGGUCCUUGAGUGGGCCACGUGUUUGGCCGCUAUUGGGCAGUCUUCCUGGGCUGAUUAAGAAUGGUCAUCGAAUGCAUGACUGGAUUGCAGAGAAUCUCCGGUCGACUGGCGGCACGUACCAGACUUGCACGUGUGCCAUUCCGUUUUUAGCUAAGAAGCAAGGUCUCGUGACGGUCACGUGCGACUCGAAGAAUCUUAAGCAUAUUUUAAAAACCCGGUUCGAGAAUUACCCGAAAGGGCCGAAUUGGCAGGCUGUGUUUCAUGAUUUGCUUGGUGAUGGAAUCUUCAAUUCAGAUGGCGACACAUGGUUGUUCCAGCGUAAAACUGCUGCACUGGAAUUUACCACUAGGACUCUUCGCCAAGCCAUGGCUCGUUGGGUUAGCCGAGCUAUUAAGAAUCGGUUUUGUCCGAUUCUUGAGUCGGCUCAAUGUCGUGCUAAGCCGGUUGAUCUACAGGACAUUUUGCUUCGGCUUACAUUCGAUAAUAUUUGUGGGUUGACUUUUGGUAAGGAUCCACAGACUCUUGCGCUUGAAUUGCCUGAAAACAGCUUUGCGCUAGCUUUCGAUCGAGCCACUGAAGCCUCAUUGUGUCGCUUUAUUUUGCCUGGCUUUAUCUGGAAGCUAAAAAAAUGGCUCCGGCUCGGGAUGGAGGUCACCUUAACCCAAAGCCUCGAGGACACGAAUCAAUACCUGAAAAAUAUCAUCAAGACACGUAAGCUCGAGCUGUCCAGUCAGCACCAUGUGGACAAUAGUGGGACACCUCACGACGACUUGCUGUCAAGGUUUAUGAAAAAGAAGGAAUCCUACUCAGACGAAUUCCUCCAACACGUGGUGCUUAACUUCAUCCUAGCUGGACGAGACACGUCAUCGGUCGCACUGAGCUGGUUCUUUUGGUUGGUCAGUCAAAACCCAAGAGUGGAGGAAAAAAUCCUCAUCGAAAUAUGCACCGUUCUGAUGGAGACACGUGGCGAAGAUAUAUCCACGUGGGUUGAAGAGCCGUUGGGAUUUGAAGAAGUGGAUAAAUUGAUUUACCUGAAAGCUGCCUUGUCGGAAACUCUUCGACUUUACCCAUCGGUGCCGGAAGAUUCAAAACAUGUGAUAAACGACGACGUUUUACCCACCGGAACUUUCGUCCCCGCCGGCUCCUCUGUUACGUAUUCAAUAUACUCAAUUGGUCGGAUGAAAUUCAUAUGGGGGGAAGAUUGUUUAGAAUUCAAACCAGAGAGAUGGCUGUUGGGUUCAGAUAAGGACAAAAUUGAGCUUCAAAAUACUUAUAAAUUCAUUGCUUUUAAUGCCGGACCAAGAAUAUGCUUGGGGAAAGAUUUGGCUUACUUGCAAAUGAAGUCGAUUGCGGCCGCGGUGUUGCUCCGACACCGCCUGACGGUGGUUGCCGGCCACCGUGUGGAGCAGAAGAUGUCGCUGACAUUGUUCAUGAAGUAUGGACUUAAAGUUCAGUUGCAACCCAGAGAUUUGGGGCAUGUGGCGGAGAAGAUUAGACAGACAACGGCGGAGACGGUGGCGACCGCGGAAAAUAUGGCUGUCUUGUGAGAGUAUUGUUGUUGAUUUUGAAGUACUUGGAAGUUGCACAAAGCUCAA